UGGAGGUUUGGCAUUCGGCAGAGCGUGGAAGGAGAAAUGACCGACAGUGACCUCGCUCGGUGUGCGCUUUAGUGGAUAGCGCAUUGUAUUCUGUCGUUUGCAAAGCAGCAGAUGAAUACUUCAUCAGUAACCUUGAGCUUCCAGCGUGUGAUGCAUGCAAACCUUGAGUUAAACUCUCAACAUACAAACACGGAGGAGUGCGGGGCUGCGUGGUGUUUUAUUUUUCUCUCUCAAUUCUCAGUUCACCUCUGGCUUUAAUUAUGGAAAAAGCAAAAUCCAUACUUGAUCAGAAGACAUCACCUCCGUGCUAUAUAAAUGGAGUACAGAAUGGAUUCCACACGCAGCCUCACAACAAUGGAACCUACGGCGCCAGUGGCCUGGGAAGUACAGAAAAUUUCCACCAUCUUCAUCAGGAAUCGCAAAGCCAUGGAUCCCCGGCAAAGAAAUGCAGACUCAGAAGACGAAUGGAUUCAGGCAAAAGAAACCGACCGCCCUUUCCUUGGUUUGGGAUGGACAUUGGCGGGACCCUUGUGAAGCUAGUUUAUUUUGAACCAAAAGAUAUCACUGCUGAAGAAGAGCAGGAAGAGGUGGAAAAUCUCAAGAGUAUUAGGAAGUAUCUGACAUCUAACACAGCCUAUGGAAAGACUGGCAUUCGAGAUGUUCAUCUAGAAUUGAAGAAUCUAACCAUGUGUGGCCGAAAGGGCAACUUGCACUUUAUUCGCUUUCCUACCCAAGCAAUGCACAGAUUCAUCCAAAUGGGCAGAGACAAGAACUUCUCCAGCCUUCACACAACACUCUGUGCCACAGGUGGAGGGGCUUACAAGUUUGAGGAGGACUUUCGUACUAUGGCUGACUUGCAAUUGCAAAAACUUGAUGAACUAGACUGUUUGAUACAAGGCCUACUGUACGUGGAUUCUGUUCAUUUUAAUGGACAACCAGAAUGUUACUUUUUCGAAAACCCCUCUGACCCUCAGAAUUGUUUGAAGAGGCCAUGCUGUCUUGACAACCCAUUCCCAAUGCUCCUUGUGAACAUAGGAUCAGGGGUCAGCAUCUUGGCAGUUCAUUCCAAGGACAAUUAUAAGCGAGUGACAGGGACCAGUCUUGGAGGAGGAACAUUCCUUGGAUUGUGCUGUUUACUAACUGGCUGUGAGACAUUUGAAGAAGCUUUGGAGAUGGCAGCCAAGGGUGAUAGUACUAAUGUGGAUAAACUUGUGAGGGACAUCUAUGGUGGAGAUUAUGAGCGUUUUGGACUUCAGGGUUCUGCUGUUGCAUCCAGUUUUGGUCACAUGAUGAGCAAGGAAAAACGUGAUACAAUCAGCAAGGAAGAUCUUGCAAGAGCAACUCUUGUAACCAUCACUAACAACAUUGGCUCCAUUGCUCGGAUGUGUGCUGUAAAUGAGAAAAUAGACCGGAUUGUCUUUGUUGGGAAUUUCCUUCGAAUCAAUAUGGUGUCCACCAAAUUACUAGCAUAUGCAAUGGAUUUUUGGUCAAAGGGACAACUAAAAGCUCUGUUUCUGGAACAUGAGGGAUAUUUUGGAGCUGUUGGAGCCCUUUUAGAGCUCUUGAAGAUGACUGAUGACCUCUGAGCCAGAACCUGGAACAACAUCCAACUAACCUGUACAUGAAUAAGCUGCUUAUAGACUUAAGAAAGCCACAUCCCCUGGCAGGAAAGGGCAUUUUUGUACUUUCAAUGUGUAAAUAUUGUUAAUUAUUUUAGAUAGUUAAUCUAAGUGUAAAUCUUUUUAUCAUAUGGUGCAAAUAAGUUGAAAUGAGAUAACUUCAAGAAUUUGAAGCUAGUUCUUUUAACUGUUAUCUAUAUAUACAUAUGUAAGUAUAUGUAUAUAUUUGUAAUUUGUUUCACACACGUAGCAGUGUGUGUGAGAAUGUUGAUUAUGACAACUGUCUUUUACCUUUUGCUUUUUUAAUUGUUAAUUAUGUCGGUGCACUAAAGCCAAAAUCUACUGACUUUAAAGAGCCAAAUGUUAUUAUAUUGUGCUAGAAAUAGAGUACUUGUCUUGUAAAUAAGGAAAAAUCCCAGGGGAAUGGACCCGUUUUCUUCUUGAAUCUUUUUUCUAAUGUCUUGCGGUUUUGCACGUAUGCACUUUCUGUUUGCCGACUCUCCCAUAGCAUGCAUCGUGUAUGUCAAGCAGAGCAUUUGUAGAAGGGGGAAAACCAGCUCUAGAUCUGUUGCUGGUAUUCAUCUACACUGUGAACUAAUACUGCCUUGAGAAUGCAUAAAAGUCUAGGCUUUAUUGUAGCGAUUACAAAAUCUUAUACACCAACAAUUUGAGUAGGAAUCUUUCAGUAAUGUGACCUUUCCUUUGCUGGUAUUAAAAUAAUCACAGGUAUUUAUUUUCUGUGCCACAUUUGCUUGAAUAUGUGAUUUCAUUCAUUUUAUCAAAUUCGGUGGAAAUCGAAUGAGAUGUGCAUUGUGAAGCUUGUUCUAUCAAUAAUGCAUAAUAAUUUUAGGUAACUCCUUUAAUAUGCAGUAGUGGCUUCUUAUGAGUAAUGAAACAUGCAGAUGGCAAAAUGUCCAGAAAUAAGAGAGUAACAUAUUUUAGUAAAGGGGAGUGUUAGCUUUGGCUUCUGAAUCAGGACAUUGCUGGGCUGAAACUGAAAAUUUACAAGGGUCAUCCAGGAAAAAUAUAAGGCGUAAUUGUAGCUUUGCUUUUAUUAUUAUAAAGUAUUUGUUGCUCUUCAGCUUAUUAAAAGUUUGAAUCCCCUCCCAUUUAUUUCAUCCCGUCAAUAUUUGUAAUACGCUAAUCACACCUUUGAUCAACUUUAUUUUUAUUUAUUUAUUUAU